AUGUUCAAAACCGAUUUCCUUUAUUAAAAGUACGUGCUGUACGCAAUAGAGUCUUAUCUGCGGAGAUCUUUUAAAUUACGAAAUAGCUUUUCGCAGGAACAUAUUUAAGAUUGUGAUGACAAAUUAGGCCAAAUUAUCCGUAGAUAACUAGUUGAAGCUCCAAAGUUACAGCACAACAUCUUCAAUUAUUCUGCUCUAUUCUUGCUUUUUGAUAUUAGCAUUUAAAAACUAAGUUCAUGAAUAAGAACCACGAGAAUAUCUAUAUUCAGCCGGGAAUAUCAGUUGAUAUUCUCUUGAUGAGGACUGAAUCUUGCUCCUGCUCAAUUAAUUCUCAAUCUGUUCUCUCCAAUAUUGUCAUGAAUACUUAACUUUCGUUUCAAUUAUUUUUUUUCCUUUUUGUUUUUUAUUUUACAAAAUUGUACGUCUUUUUGUAAACACGACUUCUACAGUCUAUUUAUUGGAGGGGAGAGUCGUUAUGUGGGUUUCAUUCCAAAUAGAUCUGUGGCUCUUUUCUGCAAGCCACAAAAACAAGCCACAACAAGUCCCUUUUAAUUUUUGAUGAGAUAAACACUCUCGAGGACUGCUUCCAAUUUUCGUUCGCAUCUACUCCGUAACAAGUUACCGGGAUCCGCCUCAUUUCAUCAUCAAGUCACGAACAAUAGCAUUAAUAGGAGUGCCGAGGGCUCACCGCAAAAUAUCAGUUAUAUUCCAUCCUGACAUGAAGUUUUCCUCAAAUUGUCGACGAAUGGAAUUAAUUCAGAGACUAUGCGGGUAAACAUCCUCUAGUUAGGGCUUUUUCCAAAAGCUUUCAAAGGAGAAGGGUAAAAACCGGAAACAGCAAAGAGAAAUAAAAAUUUGCGUGCUAUGACUAUUCUCCAAAUUAGACUUCCUGUUGUGAGUGUUUGAUUUCAGUUAAUUUUUUUUGUGAAAUAAAACGUUAUCUGUGGUUGGAAUGCCGUUUGUCUGUCAGCAGGGGCUGGUACAUCCAUCGCAGACUUUGGCAACAGCAAACACGAGUACUAUUGAUUGUCAUAAGUUUUAUUCAAGGAGCAAAAGUCAAUGUUUAUGUUUAACAGAUGUGAAAAUCAACAAGGUUAAUCGGAGCGUGUGGAACCUUUCUGUGUUUCAAAUAGCGAGCUAUUUACGGACACGAUGUCAUCCCGCCAAAAUUGGACAUUUCCGAUGAUACAUUCAAGAGACACGACCGCCAUAGCUCAAAAUUAGAAAUUCAACACCACAAGAGUGCAUCUGAAAUACAGCUGCAACAUAUGUAAAAGUGUGGUUUUUUUGAAGAUCGGCUUCAUUCAUCAGAUCUUCAUCGCCGACGAAGCAAGGCCUGUCUUCCUUGCAGUGAAUAUGGCGACGUUUCUUGCCUGCACGGGAUUUCAAAAGUUAAAACCACAAGAAACAGUAUUUCUAUCACGUCGGAGUCGGAGAGUGUCCGACCAUCUGGAAGAUGAAAGAGAUUCAUCAGAGCCGCAAUGGCUGUUCCCAGAUAACAUCUGGCUUCGCAUAUUUUCCUAUCUGUCACUGCAAGAAAGAACUCAAGCUUCUUACGUUUGUCAACGAUGGAACAAUCUUUGUAAGGACUCUUUAUUCUGGCGCGAAGUGGACUUUAAAUAUUGCGGGGAUGCUCAGCCAAUAACGAACGAGACAGUGAAAGCUGUAACUUCAUAUUCAACGGGGAUCCAAAGUAUUGACCUGUCAGGUGACCAUUGUAAGCCAAUCACUGACGAGGCCAUUGGUCACGUGGCACGUUCCUGUCCGCGCUUGCAGAGACUGAACAUAGCUGGGCGAACAAAGAUUUCUAACCGAGGGCUCACUGUAAUCGCGAGGAAUUGUCCCCUCUUGAAAGAGCUGGACGUAGAAAAAUGCCACGAGAUCAGCAACAACGGAAUCAAAUCAAUUGCCAGUCGGUGCCGUGAACUAAAAAAAAUUACCGAUAAAGGGAUGUGUUUUGUGGCACAGGAAUGUAAUAAUUUACAACGUCUUAGCAUCGCAGGUUGCAGCAGAAUCACGGAUAAAAGUUUGACAACUCUCGGAAAACACUGUGACUUGUUACGAGACAUUAACCUUAAAGACAUUCAAAGCAUUACUUCUUAUGGCAUUGAGAGACUGGUCAGCGGCAACCCGAAUUUGACGCAUGUGCAUUUGGGGAUUGUUCAGGACACUAAAAUCACUAUGGCGACUUUGCAGAUUAUUGUCAAGCAUUGUGAAAAAUUGGAGUUUCUGAGUUUUCAGCAUUUUCAUCGGGCUGGCGUUGUGACCGGAGGGGUACGAAAAGUAAACAAGAAAAAACUUGGCGCUUUCAUCAACAACCUCAACGCCUGUGUAGUUUCAAACAAUAACCGAUAAUUCAACAAAAUGAACAACACAAUUCUUGAUGUGCCAAAGUCCGGUUUUAACGGACGGAAAGGCUAUAUUUUCAGUCCAACGAAGACGAGUCAAUAUCGCUGAUCAGAAUGAUCGAAUGGAUUCGAGUAGUCACUGUCGAUUGCAAUGGAAAAGUUGGCUUACACACACUUUUAAGUACAAAUUUAUAUUUCUUUCUGUUACAAGAAUGCAUAAGAAACGGUCCGUUUGUCAUUAGCUAAUGGCUUUCUUCGGUUUUGCUUUCAAGCAUGAAGUCCAGAGUGACGAGACUUUCAGUUCGUGUGUCCUCUCUAAAAAGUGUGAGGAAACAAUCGAAUUGUUCAUAGAGAGAUAACUUUUAAUACUUCUUUUUCUGAUUUGGGAAGAUCCAUUUUUAGAUUUUCUUUUGGUAGUAUUUUACGCACUGUCAAAAAGUAAAAGUCAAUGUAUAACUAAACUCUUUUUACUUUAAUUAUCAAAUUGAUCAUGUCAACCUCCACAUUAUUCAUAUUAAUGUGAAAGGAAUUCAUUUAUGAAUUAUUAAAAUGUUGAGUAGAUUUACAUAAAGCAAAACUCUUUCCAGGUGAAUUUGCUUUCGUUUUUUUGAGUAACAAGGGCAAGCUAUAAUGUUCAAAGGGGAAGGGCAUAGUUAUUAAUUUCCGCGCGCCUUAUUUUAAGUGACUUACCCCACUGUUUCACCUCGUGUAUCAGCGGGUCCGUAUUCGAUGAUGGGAAAGAACUAAAGAUCUGACACUUGAAAAGAUUAACGCGUUAAAUUUGUGUUACUGACUU